AUGCCUCCCAAAACUGCCGCAGAUAACUGCCCACCAUGCAGCAAGCGCAAAAAGAGUUGCUGGAGCACUUACCCAGCAUCCACCUGCUUGAGAUCGAAGAAAGAUCAGGCGGAAUACGGGAAGCAGAAUGGUGCCGGCUCCGCUGCUGCUGCCAUUGCAGAGUGGAAUGCACAGCGCGCGCAGGAAGGCAAGCAGGAAGUCGCUCCGAUGACCUCCCAAGUCGCCGCUAGCGUCAAGCCUACCGCGCAAACCACCCACCCGAUCGAAGACACGGAGCCUACCGGGCUGGCUGGAGACACCAAGGACAAGGCGAGCGAUCUGGAGGAGAUGCUGAAGCCGUUGCCCUUCUUCGAUGAGCUUCCUGGUACAUGCGCUGUCUGCCAGGAGCGUCCUUCUGCACACGCCUUCUGGUGUGAGCUCCACCCAAUGAAUCAAAACUGA